UGACCUGAGGCAUUACGCGGGGGAGAUGGAGAACAACAAGUGUGCAGCUGAGGAAGCCGGGUGCUGGCCCUUUGGAGCUGAGGGGCUGGCCCAGGACGAGGGGCUUGGCUGCGGGAGCAGGACGCCGGGACGAGGCUUGUCCUCGGGAUGGCACGGGACGAGGGGGGAGGCUGCAGGCCUGUUGGAAACCCAGUCGUUGCAUGAAGCAGAUGAAGAUGUGGUCACUGAUGUUGAUUUCACCAAUAUGAUUUCUGAAGAAGAAAAAGAAGAGUUAAAGAUUGAGCUAGCCAAGCUAGAGGAUGAAAUUUCAACUUUGCGGCAAGUGCUAGCAGCCAAAGAGAAGCACCUGGUUGAAAUUAAACAAAAGCUUGGCAUAAGUCUGAUGAAUGAACUGAAGCAGAACUUUAGCAAAAGCUGGCAUGAUGUGCAGACAACUUCCGCUUACAAGAAAACACAUGAGACCCUGAGCCAUGCAGGACAAAAAGCAACAGCAGCUAUCAGUAAUGUAGGAACAGCGAUCAGCAAGAAGUUUGGAGAUAUGAGCUACUCUAUUCGCCAUUCCAUAAGCAUGCCUGCAAUGAGGAAUUCUCCAACUUUCAAAUCAUUUGAGGAGAAGGUUGAAACCACUGUCACAAGCCUUAAGACCAAGGUUGGUGGGACAAGCCACACAGGAGGCAGUUUUGAAGAAGUUCUCAGCUCUACAGCCCAUGCCAGCGCUCAGAGCUCUCUUGCUGGUACCCGACUUCCUGAGAGUGAAGAAGAGCUUCAGUGUUAAGCUUCAGGCCCUCCUGAGCCCCACAUACUUCUCUUCAGAGACUUGCCCAGACAGUGAUUUGCAACCUUCUCUCACCACACAGCUUGUGCAACAAGGUUUUGUCAGCUUUGGAAAACUGCCUCCCUGGCCUUGUGUUGGAGAAAUGUUUCCUCUCCCUAUUUCUAUUUUAGAUGGGCCAUUUUAGCGCCAGGUACUUUGUACAUCACCAAAACCACACACCAGUCAUUGGCUAUAAUGCACUAAAUUCUGUGUUAAGUGACUAACAUAGUUUUCAUUUUCACAUGACUUCCCUCCAACAGUCUCCCAGUUCCUGUUUCUUAACUCUUUUAGUUUACUCUUUUGUAUGUGUUGGUUUCCGGAUCCCCUCUCAGUGCCACAUCAGACAGAUGGACCUAGAGCUGUGCUAAGCUUUCAACUGCCAGCAGUAGCCCCUACACCAGCUGUCUACCAGCCAUACCAGGUGCCCUUUGUUCAGGAGUUUCAGUACAUGAUCUGUUUCCUAACAGAAUUAAAACCACUUAUUGUCACAAAAAAUUUUUUCUCCUUCACUGGUACAGUCUGGCAUUGCCUUCCACCUGUUAAUCGGCAGAGUUAAGGAGGACAGGAAGAGACGCCCAGUUAUUCAUGCAGAAACUGAACUGAUCACAGCUCUGGAUUCAAGAUGGUCACUGUGGCUGGAAAAGUUUCAGUUUAGAAAUAUGUACUGUUGCUUGCUCUCUAUGGUUUGGUAAGGCUUGACAGUAUAAGUUAAUUACAAAAUCAAGUGGAGCGGAGGAAACCUCUAAUAUUUUUGCCUCCAUAUCUUACCCUCAAAAAUAAGGGAAGGUAUUUAUGAGCUUCAGUCAAGCUACAGCCUUAAGUGAAAGAAUACAAACCCAACAACUGGCUUCAGAUGUGCCAUAGGUUAGAGAGCCCAUGCCUUCAGGCUGCAUUUCAGAGCUGCUAGGAUAGACCCUGUCAUCUCACAAUAUACCGGAUGAGUAAAAACUUCACUCUUGGUGUCAAAUUUUGUCAUGCUUCGCUCUGGGACAUAAUUCCACCAACUGCGUUAUCUCUGCUCAGUCACCAAGAGCCAGGCAUCUAUCAGCUUUGAUUCAGCAUGCUUUCUUGCAUUCUUCUAACAUUUUUUCUAAGGAAAGAGCAGCAUGUUUGUGACACUAUCUGGCUGUCUAGUGAGCACGUGUCAGUAUGCAUGUUGCAUUAUUCAGUUCACCAGAUUGAGGAGAGCACAAUGUUAUCAAUAAACAAGAUGGAAAAGAGCCUGGCUACUUUGAAAAUGGAUGCAUUUUUUGAGCAUAUGCCAAAGCUUCAAAUCAGUGUUAGUGAGUUUGACAUUACAGACUGCUUAAAAUUUUGUGAGAAAACUUGGCUUUAAGUGAUUUUUUUUUUUUCCCCGUCUGGCUUUUGGUAAUUUUUACAAAGUUGAAAGUCCUUUUGUAAUGUUCUACUGGACAUAAGUUAACUUUGGACAUUUAUAUCACAUGCCUCUUUAGUGUGAUUUUUAGCAUGGAAGCAAAUCUAAUUAUGCUUAUCUAGUAUUCUUGUGACAAUUUUCUAGCUUAUUUUAUGUGGUUUUGUGCAUAAAUGUGUAUUUAUUUAAAAUGUAAGCUAUUAAUGGUCUAGUUUGUGUAAAUGAAGUUCUUGAUAUUCUUAUUAAAAAUAAAUUUCUCUCUUACUCUUUUACCCU